CCGGCCCCGGGGGCGCCGCCUCCGCCCGCGGCUUGUGCACGCUGUCUUCCUUUAUACACCUUCUGGGUGUGGCAGAACCAGAAUAUGUGUUUGCUUGGAGAAUAAAGGGACCAGGAGGACUUUUCUAAUCCCGGGCUCCGCUGGGCAGGCUGGGCUGCCGCUCUUCCUGCUAUGAUGCCUGGGCAGAUUCCAGACCCUUCCGUGACUGCGGGCUCUCUGCCAGGGCUCGGCCCCCUUACCGGACUCCCCAGCUCGGCUCUGACUGCAGAGGAGCUGAAAUACGCCGACAUCCGCAACAUUGGGGCCAUGAUCGCCCCCUUGCACUUCCUGGAGGUGAAGCUGGGCAAGAGGCCCCAACCCGUGAAAAGUGAGCUAGAUGAAGAAGAGGAACGGAGGAAAAGACGACGGGAGAAGAACAAAGUGGCAGCAGCCCGAUGCCGGAACAAGAAGAAGGAGCGGACAGAGUUUCUGCAGCGGGAAUCUGAGCGGCUGGAACUCAUGAACGCGGAGCUGAAGACCCAGAUCGAGGAGCUGAAGCAGGAGCGACAGCAGCUCAUUCUGAUGCUGAACCGGCACCGCCCCACCUGCAUUGUCCGGACGGACAGCGUCAAGACCCCUGAGUCUGAAGGCAACCCGCUGCUCGAGCAGCUAGAGAAGAAGUGACCAUGGGCUGGGAGCAGGAGGAGGAGGACGAGGAGGACGAGGAGGAGGAUUUGGGAAGAGGGGAGAGAACCAGGGCUCCCAGAGGGCCCUUCCUUGCUGCAUGACAAACUUGACAACGAGGCUCAGCCCAGCCAGCGCUGGCCGGGCUUUUCUUUUUUUGUGAAACUCCGAUCAGCCACACAAGGGGAAGAACGGGCUGACGAAACCAGAAGGACCAAGCGCUGAGACCAAAGUAGACCCUCGGAUGGAGCUGCCGUGCCUGGGGCCCAGCUCGAAGGAGGCAGGACAGAGACCCCUGGCCAGAGAGACACCCCAGCGAAUGGCCUGGGGUGCCGCUCUGGCCUCUCCACUGGGUGCCCGCGGAGGGACCUCGGAGCAGCCAGGAAGAGCCUUGAGUUGCAAACGAAAUGUGGCUGGGCAUGGAACUCAGAGACCAACUGCAGCCUGCCUGCCCCCGGCCCUGCCUCCCGACCCUGCUGCGAGGCCACCAGGGUCCAGCGUGGGUCCCGCUGGGAACGGCAGCCGCGACGCACCCUCCGCAGCCCUGCCGGAGUUUGCUGCGGGCACGAGGCGCGGGCGCCCUUCCAAAGCACAUACUCACCGAAUGUUUACAGACUGGCUGUGCUGGCAGGGCUUUCAACUGCACAUGUUUUUUUAUACUUUCUUUUUUUUUUUUUUAAUAUUUUUUACAAAAAAAAAAAAGAUUUUAUACAAGCAAUAUAUAUAUGGAUUUCUAUAAUCACUCGAUGUGAUAUAGUAUAAAUAUGCUAUGGUUUGUUUGUUACGAGCAGAUAUCCAGCAGUUAUGGCCAUUGUGUGUAACCCUAAGUACUGUAGUUGUCUCUGGGUGUUGGGGGUGGCCGGGGCAGGCGUGGGGUGCAUUUCCAUCCUGGUAAACCCUUCAUAGUACUCAGUCCUUUAUUGCUCAGUAAACGUUACUCUUACCUACUCA